AUGGCAGAUGCUUUACAGUGGAGAAUGGGAUUUCGGGAGAGUUUUAAGAGCCAGGUACGCAAUUUCUUCUCUCCUUCCAAUUCCUUGGCUACUCGGAUUAGAAUGGGUCGUAGGCUAAAAGCAAUCCGCGAAACAUUGGAAAUGAUUGCUCAAGAAAGAUCUAGUUUUCGUUUGUCUGACGGGGUAAUCACCCAGAUGAAAAGAAGACCGGAGACGGGUUCCUUCGUAAUUGAGUCUGAAAUUGUUGGUAGAACAGAUGAUAGAAAUGGAAUUGUUCAUCUUCUAAUUGGGACAAGUACUGAUGAAAGAGAUGUAUCAGUCAUUCCCAUUGUGGGUAUUGCAGGGGUGGGGAAGACAACCCUUGCUCAAUUGGUCUAUAAUGAUGAGAGGAUAGAGAGGAAUUUUGAUAUGAAGUUGUGGGUUUGUGUUUCAUUCGAAUUUGAUUUGAAAAAACUUAUGGAAGCCAUCAUCCAAUGUGCUACAAAGAGCAGAUGUGACCUUCUAGAGAUGGAUAUCCUUCAAUCUAGGUUGCAAGAAUCGUUGCGUGGGCGAAGAUUUCUACUCAUCAUGGAUGAUGUUUGGAAUGAAGAUCAUGAGGAGUGGGAGAAAUUAAUUACUUUAUUAAGAUGUGGUGAUGGAGGAAGCAAAUUCAUUGUAACUACCCGUAACCAAAAGCUUGCCCUAUUGACAGGCACAACUUCACCUUACCAUUUGGGGGGAUUGUCUGAUGAUAAUUGUUGGUCUUUGUUCAAGCAACGCGCUUUUGGUCGGGGAGAAGAAAAAAACUGUCCAAAGUUGCAGCCAACAGGAAAAGAGCUGGUGAAAAAAUGUGGAGGGUGCCAUUGGCAGCAAAGACAUUAG